AUGGCCUCUCCUAGCGGUGCACGAGGGCGAUGGCAGGUGAAACUUGCCGGACAGUGGAAGGAAUUCUCAUUAUGGUAUUGAUAAAAACUACGCAUGAUCGAUGGUUGCGUUGCUGGUGGUCACGAAUGAAACCAAAAGGUAAUGAUCAGCAAGAACACAACAACCAUCGCCGAUGCUGAAAUGUAUGUAGUGGGUUGUGCAGAAGGCUCACCGGAAAACCUGCAGAGGGCGCGGGCUUCUUGAGCCGCCACAGUCUUGAAAUUACUUCCAAACCCCCCCGUGCGUUGUUUUUAUUUCCUUUCAAAACCGUGACCGCGAGCACCAGGUUAUUCAGGAAGCUUACGAUGCCGGGAAACCGACGGUGGAGCUGAGAGCUAUGGGAUUCUCAAUUGUUACAUUCUCAACUGUUGCGUGAAUUUGUGACGCAAGAAUGGCAACAGGGAAAGGCCGGAUCUUGCAACUCUUGCAUUACAAAUUCGGCACAGAUUUCCAUGGUGUUUAGCCGUUUCAAAAUUUGUCAUGCGCAGUAGCUUCACCAUGUGGACGUUGAUGCUCAUUUUGCAUUACAAAGCAUGUAACAGUUGAGAAUGUAACGUUUGAGAACGCCAUAAGAGCCAGGGGACAAACCUACACGAUUGAUUUCACCCUGAACACGCAAACCAACACGAAAACACCGCCCUACAAAGUUCGACCGAUACGGCACCCGGGGGUGGCGGCGGCCGGGGGAGGGGAAAACGCCUAUCCGGGAGGAGGAUUUAACCACGGGAGGAGAAGCUCGACCGGGAGCGUGGACAGGUAUAGGACGUGGCUGUUUGUCAUGCAUAAAGUGCAAUCCAUCUUUGUCUUUCACCUAUCUUGAUCUUCUCAUAGCUAUCCGCAAGAACAAACACGAUUUUUUGUUGAAGUCUCAUUUCAUGGUCAUGCUAGCGUCAGUCCCACAGUGUCGUCCUGUGAUGAAGAACAAUAUCAAUUGCCUUCUACCACGUAUCUAAACGUAAACAUCCCAGUCCGCCCCCAACGAAGAGCUACAAAUCCGCCGACCAGCACGACCCUGCAGCGGGACCGAGCUCCUCUCAAAUCGUACUUGGUGUUCCUGUAAACAGAAACUCUGCGCCUGGCGGGCCAACAACAGCGCAGCCUGCCCCUACCGUGAACUUCCCCCCUCCCGGUACCGCUGUGCCACCACCAAACCCGGCGGUAAAUAUUAACUCCCCGCCGCCUCCAGGAGGGACGAACAAGGGGAAGAACAAAGGAAGCAAGCAUAACCCGUCAUCCCCGCAGUUCUCCGGCUCCAUCACCGUGGUCGUCCAGACGCUCACCGGGAAGAAAAUUCCCGUGGAAAAUUUGAACCCAGCGACCACGACGGUUGUGAAUUUGAAGGAAAGAAUUGAAGCGGUGGAGAGGAUCGCGAAAAGUGAUCAGCGGUUGUUGUGCGCGGGAAGGCAGCUGGAGGAUGAGAAAUUGUUGAAUGACUAUGGUGUGAGGGACCAAGGGAUAGUAACGUUGCUGUUGAAGCUGUCUUGAUGAAGAUCAGUUUUGAUGGUUUGUCGACUCUAUUGCAGCCUCAGACAAGGGGCAGUAGAAGCUGCAGUGAAACAACUACAAAUCAGAAGAUCAAG